CCCUGCGUUGGCUGUCAGCGCGCACACCGCUCCUCCAGCGGCUCCACACCUCAGAUGGCCUGCUGCAGCGGCUGCUACAACUCGCGGAGGCUAGAAAUGUCACCGGUGAUCCUUUGCACGAAGACAACACGGUCGUAAGAACAGAUUUGUGACAUUUAUCUCUUGUGUUAACGCUAACAAUGGCGCUUAAUCGUGCAACUACACGGACUCGUUCGUUCGUGGCCGCUCUCACGGUUUUUGUCGCGCUGUGGGGAUCUGCGCUCUCCAUCACCCGCUACUCCAUACCGGAGGAGAUGGAAGAGGGUUCCUUUGUUGCCAACCUGGCCUCAGACCUGGGUCUGGACGUACGCAGCUUGCUGGAGCGCAAUGCGAAGCUCGAUGUCAUUCACAGCAAAAAUUACCUCGACAUUAACAAAGACACGGGGGAGCUGGUCAUCCGCGAGAAGAUGGACCGGGAGAGCAUAUGCAUGACUAAAACAACCUCAUGYUUCCUGAAAAUGGAUGUCAUACUCUCCAACCCCGUUCGCAUUUUCAACAUCGAGCUGGAGAUCUUGGACAUCAACGACAACGCGCCCGUUUUUCGUCGGAAGACAAUGCACUUGGACGUUUCUGAGGCAACCCCUCCCGGUGAGAGAUUCUCCCUGACCAACGCCGUGGAUGCGGAUGUGGGGGCGAAUUCGGUCAAGACCUACUACCUGAGCGAAAGCAAAUACUUCAGCAUUGACAUCCAGACGGGCAGCGACGGCUCCAAAUACGUAGAUCUAGUGCUCGACGGCAAACUGGACAGAGAGGAGCAUGCGAUUCACAAUUUGAUUUUAACUGCGGUGGAUGGAGGUGUGCCUCCCCGCUCUGGUACGGCCAGCAUAAUUAUUAACGUGCUGGACAUCAAUGAUAACGCCCCCACGUUCAGUCAGCCCGUUUUUGCUGUCAACGUUUCGGAGAACUCUCCAGCGGGGACGGUGGUGAUGACAUUAAACGCGACUGAUUUAGACGAAGGCACAAACGCGAAAUUGAUAUACUCGUAUACCCUGUACACUUCGGAGAAGACGCAGGAGCUCUUCUCCCUAGAUCCACAGUCAGGCGAGAUCAAAGUGAAGGGGGUGAUCGAUUAUGAAGAGAGUCAGAGUUUUGAGAUGUACAUUCAGGCUCAGGACAGAGGGGCAAACCCGCUGUCAGGACACUGCAAAGUGAUGGUUUACAUCACAGACCUAAAUGAUAACUACCCAGAGGUGACCAUCAAGUCCCUGAAGAGGUCGGUGGCCGAAGAUGUCUCGGUGGGGACACUGAUUGCUGUGGUGAGCGUCAGUGAUAGAGAUUCUGGAGACAAUGGCGCCGUAGACCUCCACCUGAACCAGAAGGAAGCCUUACCCUUUCGUCUGAACAAGUCCUCAGAAGGUUACUUCGAAUUGCUGGUGUCGAAACCGCUGGACCGAGAAGUCAAAGGCAAAUACGACAUCAAACUAAUAGUGACAGACAGAGGCUUCCCAGCCCUGUCUGAGAAUGAAACCAUCACCUUGGAGAUCCUGGAUGUCAACGACAACGCACCCAUGUUCUCUCAGUCCUUCUACACAAUCCAUGUUAUGGAGAACAAUCCACCUGGAGCGUUAUUGACAUCCCUAAGUGCACAUGACCCAGAUUUGAAUGAAAACCAGUACUUGGUUUAUUUCAUAAUGGAAAAAGAGAUAGUUAACAUGUCUGUAUCCAUGCUUUUCUCCAUCAAUCCUGAGAACGGGGACCUCUAUGGCCUUAAGACCUUUGACUAUGAGAGAGAGAAGGAGUUCCUGUUCCACAUUGAGGCCAGGGACUCUGGUGUCCCCMCUCUGAGCAGCAAUGUGACGGUUCACAUUGUCAUCCUGGACCAAAAUGACAACACUCCCCUCAUUGUAUCACCAUGGCGAGCGCACGGCUCAGUUGUUGAGGAGGUCAUACCAAGGUCCACAGAGAAAGGUCAUUUGGUGGCCAAAGUGGUUGCCGUUGAUGCGGACUCUGAGCAGAAUGCCAGAGUCACCUACCAGCUACUGCAGAUCAGUGACUCAACUCUCUUCAGCCUGGAUCAGUACAACGGAGAGAUCCGAACGACAAGGAUGUUCAGCUACAGAGACCCAAGGCAGCAGAGGCUGGUAGUUGUUGCAAAAGACAAUGGACAACCUGCUUUGUCUGCCACUGUUACCAUCAAGAUAUCAACGGUGGAGCACGCCAUGACCUUCUUAGAGACAACAGAGCUACCAUUAGAGAACGAAGUCUUCACCAACCUAAACCUGUACCUUGUAAUUGGUUUAGGAGCUGUGUCCUUUCUGUUGUUGAUAACCAUCUUGGUUAUCAUCGUUCUCAAAUGUCAAAAGCCAAAGCCAAAGGCCAUCAAGAUGCCCCCAGCCAACAGAAAUAGCCUGAUUAGCCAGAGAAGCUCCACCAUCGCAGAUUCCACCCUGAUCUCCAGUGAUGCCUACUGGUAUAGCUUGUUCCUCGCAGAAACCAGGAAGGGCAAGGUGGUGGUGAGACAACCAAUCAUUCCCAAAGGAGCAGGAUAUUUUGUAUCCAGCAUACCCAGGAGCAUAGGCCCAAGUGAAACCACAGACUCCAGAGCAUCCACACUGGAGUACUCAAAAUGAAAGGAAGUCCAUUCUACAACUGGAGCAGCAGCAGCCCAGAAGAGAGCUGCGGUGAUGUAAUCGUCUCUUCCUGGGAGUCUCUGGCUGAAACCUUCCAGGGGCUUGCAAAGAAGAUAAACAGUUUUCUAUCGUCAGUCCCUCUGCUCCAGCUCCUGAUUUCCCCUGUUUCCUUUAAUCCCACACACCAACAAUCAAUCAGUAUUCACCACAUCCUUCUACCAGUGUGUUUUGUUUUUUGGGUUUUUUUUGUGCUCUUAGGUAGGAAUACUUUCUCUUAACUAGCAUUUGGACAAACCACAAACGAGCUGGAGUGCAUUGACUCCAGAACAUCACUAAAGACUCCCAGUGGAUGCAUUUGCCUUUUUUGUCCAGGUUUUACCAUGGGUUGUAGGUUUAGAAGCCAUCAGUUGUCUAAAAUAUACCUAAGUUGCCAUAAAGUUGUUGUUGUUGUUUUUUUAAUGCUGGAGUUUGAAACAACACGCCUAAUCAUAAAUAUACACACGUAUCAGGGUGAAUAAGCUUCUUCCAUCUGAUGAAUCCAUUAUUGUAGCUGGUUAUAACAUUCAGGCCUGAAACUAGGUGUUUUGGGGGGUUUUUUGUCCUAUUUUGUWAGGAGAAUCUUUCUGUUUGAUAAGACUCAAACUUUUACCUAGUAAUAAUCAGUGAUUCAGUUUUAGGUCUUCUUUUUUUUUAUAUAUAUAUACAAUGUCGUGGUUAACAAGUUUUGAAUGUCUAUAGAAGAAAAUGUCAAAAAAGAAUGAAAGAAAACAGGUAAACRUCAAUGAAAAACAAAAAAACCCAAAAGCUUUCCCUUCUUAUUAUUUGAUUGUAGUUCAAAUAUGAGUCGUUGUGAGGGUGGACAAGAUAAAACGCUCCCAACAAUAGAUGUGCAAUCGGUGCAAGACAUGCGUUUCUGGAGAGUAGUUUACAUCCACUCAUCACCAUACCUGAUGUUAAUUAUGGAGUUUUAUUGAUUUAUUUGAACAGUUUGUUUUUAUUGAUUUAUUUUUAUCUGGUCAGGGGAGAUCAUCACUGAGAGAUGAUUUGACAAAAAGCUUGACUUUGUUGUGGRUGGUUUCUUAUAAUUUGACUCAAAUAUGCUCAUACACAGCCCAACAACAUGUCCCUGUGUUGUUGGCCUUGAAAAGCUUACACUUACUCCCAACAUUCUCAUUUUUCUUAAUAUUACAAUAAAUUAGUCUCCUACCAAAGAUUGUAAAAAAUUUCAGUCGAGCCUGAAGGUGGUAAUUUCGGAGUAUAAUGGAGCUSUCAGAACAGUUUUGGUGGUUCUUUGGUUCUUGACGAUUGCAGUUAACGUCUUUUUAAUCUUAGAGUUUCAGUUUGUUUAAUGGGGUUAAAAUUUGGAAGCAGGUUAGAGUUCAGGUGGGUAAAUCAACCCCAAAAACACAAGGUAACUACAUUGGUAAGUCUUUUUUUAAGCUUCCCGAUUGACCUUUUGAAACCCCGAAAUGAAACCGAUUGAAAAUUUGUAGACAAAACUAAAAAAAAAACUUGGUUUGUGCCAGAAUAUUAGUGUUGAGUUAUUUAUAAUUUUUUGUUAUAAUUUUUUGUUAUAAUUUUUUCAGUGGCAGAGCCUUUCAUAGGCAUGGCCAGACUGAGACCGUAUCACUGAGAGSUGGCCAACAGCAGAUCUGUGCGGGAGCCAUUUUGGAGCACAUCAUGCGUAUUUUCCAAAUAAUUCCUGAAAAGCAGAAAAUAUUUUCUUGAAACAAAUAAAUAUACCUUAUUUUUAUAAAAACAUGCUGUCCAACCAUCUACUGCUGCCGCCGACUGUUUUGGAGGGGAACUGCUUUUUUCAGAGGCGUGCUCUGCUGGUGAGUUCCCUCCCCGUGGGAACGACCACCAUCGGCUCCGCCCCUGCUGCGCGGAUUAGCAGAAGUCCAAAAUAAAAUUUCUGCUCCUAAUUAAUGUACUAAUUUUAUUUUAUUCCUUUUAUUUAUCCAACUUAAAAUAAAACUGUUCAAAUGCAUCACUAUAAACCAAAAAUGUACGUUAGUCAAGUUUGUGAUGAUUGCAUGUAAACGUUUAACAGUAACUGCACAUUGCAAUGCAAUGCAAACUCUCAACUUUCUAAGCAAAAUCAAAAAGUGUUGUACAUUUAUGAACAAUCAGUUCAUCUCUUCCUGUUGAGGUGAGAGGAAGCUUGACGGUGACAAUUACAWCGUUUUGCCAGAGGGAAGAGCUUCAUAAAUGCGUCAUUCGCAAACAGUAAAGCGAUUCGACUGAAAAUCAAAUGUUUCUUUUAGAAGCAAUUUCCUCAAAAAAAAAAAAAAAACUGUUAAAGAAAUGAUUUUAGGAAAUACACAACUGGUAGAAGAAAAAAAAAAGAAAGAUGAUAUAUGAGGUCAUAAUCUAAAGUAAAAUAUAAAUAAUCAUAAAUAUGUUUAAUAGCCAGAGUAAAACUAUAAAAAAAGAAGAAGAAGAAGUAAUAAUCUUGACCAGUGUAUGAUCGGAGGUAGCGGCAAGAUGUUCUUUGAUAAAUAUUAAUGUUUUUUAUAUAUAUUUUAUGUAGUAACUUUUAUUGCUGCUUUUGUGAGCUUCUUAAAGGACAUUUUGUUGCAUAUUUAUAGUGUAGUGCCGUCGUUUUAGUUGUGUACAUGCAUAAAAAAACGGAGUAAGAAAACAUUUUAUGACCUCAAAGGCAGUGCUGCCGCACCGCCUUCAAGUCCAGGACUUCAAUUUCUCUGUAACAGGAAGCUUAUUAAGAGYGCUAAUUAGGCUGCUGAAUGAUCAAAUGUAAUCGGCGUUGAGUUUAGGGAGGCUGGAUUAGGGGAGGAAAGAGAACAUUGUGUUAAUUACAGCGACAGUAUUCCUGUAGUGACUCUGCUGACAGUGCAUAAAAUGUAUUAAGCGGAUGACAGCGGUUUGAAUUUGGGAUAUGCACGGAAUCUAAAUGUGAUCCCAUGCAGCACUCCUGCGGAAAUGCAGCRAAGGGGGAAUAUUUCUGGAUGUAUCCGGCUUCACGCUCUGAGUCAGUGAAAUGUUACCCCCCCCACCCCCCUGGCCUCUUAUUUUCUUCUUUUUCGUGCUGCUCACCUUUGAAAGCAUCUAGCUGGCUGCUUGUCAGCCUGAACAUGUCGCAUAAUGAGGGUCAAGUGCAUGUUAGAUGUGCAAUCAGUGGCAGAACUGAUUGAUUCCAACAGUGUUAAUGCAGUUAUCGGGUUGCACAUAUGAUGAGCUCCUCGCGUGCCUUCUGCCUUGUACAAGAUGACUGUUGACAAAUGUAACAAUAGCAUUUCGUGCACACUAAAAACUGCUGGGUUUUUUUUUUUUUUUUUUUUUUUUUUUUUAAACUGGAGCUCCGUAAAUUAUGGGCUUGAUUUAACACAUUAACACCAUAACUCAAUAGGUUUGAGUUAUGGGUUUGACUUCACAUACUGGGUUUUUACCCAGUGUUUUUGUUAAUACUACCAAUGAUUUUUCCUGAUGGCAUAAACACAACAAACUAGAAAAUAAAAUAAAAUAAAAUCUAUAAACGUAUUUCAAAGUUAAAACAGAAUCUCAUGAAAAUUUAAAGCAGAUUCUAUGAAUAUGGCAAAUUAUUUUGGUCAAAGCAUCAAAUUUCAACACAGCUAGAAGUAUCAUUCACCAAACAAUAACUAUAGAUUCAGUGAGGUAACACAGCAUCAACCCAGUAUUUUGGUCACAACUCCAAAACAUGGCAAAAUKAAUUUAAACAAAACAAUUAUUGUUAUUUGAACACAUUGCAAAAAAAAAAAAAAAAAAAAAAAAAGCAAACAUAAAAACUUUAUGGCCAGUUCCUUGAUUAAAAUGUGAAGGUUGAACACAGUUAGCACUAGCCAGUGAGCAAAACAUUUUUUUUAUUGUGAACUGCUCAUUAAUACAACACAUUGCCAUUGUUAUACAUUCUAUUUUUAUAGUCUUAAAUUGUCCAGUUAAUUUCUGUGGAGGAGAUUCRGUGAAUUCUGAUUCAUUAUUCGAAAUGUUCGACCGUGAAAACAUGACGAGUCUCUUCCUGACGUCUACUGAAACCCGAUUUUUAACCUGACGUCGAUAUGACCCGACUUCUGUUCCAGCAGAAUAAACCCAUAAAAGAGGAAAAAUAACCCAGCAGUUUUUUUGUUUGUUUUUUUUUUCUUUUAUGUGUAAUCGAUUCGUUUUUCCCAGGUUACAGUAUCUUGAGCUGCUUGUUGGAUAGGCACCUUUAGACUCAGAACAGGGGUUCUGUUACGAACCAAUAGACGCAUUAAUUGUAAAUUAAACUGCUUUAUACUUUGUGUUUUUAUACAACAUACCUUUUUGAUAUCUUCUGUAUUCACUGUGAUUGAAUGGCACAGGGGAUGCUUGUGCUCAGUGUAGUAGGCUGUAAGUGAGUUAAUUGUCUCUUUCUUUGUUUUCUGUUUUGCUUUUCCUAGCAGCUACUUUGCCGUUCAUACUGUACAGAAAGCUUCAAGAGUUGUACCAAACGCUCUCCGGUUUCAUCCCGCUUCGCCAAUCAGAGACAGUAUGAGUGAGAAUGGGCUUUCUUUACUUUCAUGUCUUGUUAAUUGACCGGUUUUGAUGUCGCUUAUUGGGUUUUAAUGUAACGCCUGAUUAUGCUAGUUUGAAUAAAGAUUUUUAAUCCAU